AUGCCAAAAGCCGAGGCCAAGAACGCUGUGAAGUUCACUCGCAUGUGUAAGUUCUGGAAGACGAACGAGUGCAAGAUGGGGGCGGAUUGCACCUUUGCCCAUGCUACUACAGAAUUGCGCCCGAGCCCAAAGCCUUGCUUUGACUUUGUGAAGAACGGGUUUUGUGCUCGCGGGCAAGGUUGUCGCUUCGUGCACGAAGUGGUGGAGAUGAAAACAACGGACAAGUUCGUGGAAGUGCAACGCUCCACCGUGAACCGUGGUGAGGCUGCCAUCGCUCCGGUCCUCGCUACCUACAGCAUGCCCCCGAGCAUUUCUGCACAGUGGCACAUGGCUGCCCAGCUGACUGCUGCACAGCAGAUGCAGCAAUUUAGCGGGACUCCUCCUGGUCCUGUGUGUGCUCAAACAAACCAGCGACUAGUGGAGCUGGGGGCUCUCAUGGAGCCUCAUGCCCAGCCAAAGCCAAACCCCUGCCUUCGUCCACCUCCUGGCCUGGAGUGCUUCGUCCCGCCCGUCCCAGCCCCACCGGGGCUCUUGGUCGAUCCCGAGGUCACCGUAGCCAAGACUGGGCUGCAGCGCACGGCAGAUUCCCGUCGCUCCAGUUUGAAUGACAUUUCGUUAGACCUGGAGUGCGUUAAGCUGCCCCUCUCCAAGGCCGACAUGGAGGGCGCGGAUGAUUCUACGGUGGCAACACAGAGUUUUACAUCGACGAUGUGCUUGAGUACAACCCCUUCGAGCUUCAGUGAGGUUGAGAGCCCUAACAAGCCAACAUCUUUCUGGUUGUGA